CUAAAUGUCAAGUAGAUCUUGAAAUUUUGCUUGUUUGGUUUGAAAUCAGUUUUAGUGGUUAUUAGUUGCCACACAAAAAAGGAGAAUUUAAUAAUUUUAGCAGCUUCCUACCAAAAAAGUCGGCGUAAUAAUUGUUUUUAUAAUUAAUAAGUAAUACAUUUCCCAUAUCUAUUGUAAUUUUGUUUCUAAUACAUUCUCCGAUUUGGAUUUUGCCGGUGUAUUUUGAAAAUUUAUCAUUAGUUCUGUUAAAAGUUCGAUUUAAUUGAAAAAUAAUGAAUUUUAUUUGUAUAAUAUGCACUGAAAUAAUAACUCAGGAAGAAUUCGAGAGUAUGUAUAUCACAAGAUGUGGUCAUAUAUUCCAUUACCAAUGUUUGACGCAGUGGACGCAAAGGUCUCCUUGCUGUCCACAAUGUCGCAAAAAAGUUACAAAGAAAUUAAUGUUUCGUGUAUACCCAACCCUUUCGGAUGAACCGAGUUAUGAUAGUAAACUCACAGAGGCUCUCUUGGCCACUCAGCAGCAACUUAAUGCCCAAAUUGAAGAGAAAGAUGCCACAUUAGUUAUGUUAAGAAAAGACUUGGAAAACAGUAAUAAGACUAUAAUUAAAUUUAAAAACGAAGUGGCUAGUCUUAAAUUGGAAAUGGAAGGGCAACAAGGAAAAAUAGAAGAACAUAAAAAACUUAAAGAAAAAUUGGAAAAAGACUUUGAAAGAUGUCAUUAUGACAGUAUGGGCAAGGAUAUAAAGUUUGACAAAAAGCUCACCGCCUUGAGAGAUAAAUACAGAUAUCAAGUGAAGAGGAAUAAUGAAUGGCGAAAAGCAGCAAAGAAAAAACACAUUGGAAUUUAUAAGGAUUCCAUUAAAAGGGGUUGCGGGAAACGUCGCAAGUAUAGCACCAGUUGUUCGGACAGUUUGUCAUCCUCUAAUAGUCCCACUUACAUGAAAUUUAUUGGUGUGCCAGUGCGCGUACGAGAGUCAAACAAUCCAUUUUUCACACCAAAAGGCCAGCUACCUGUCAUGAAAGACGGUCGGAAAGUUUUAACAAAUUUCGAAGAGGUUGUUGAACAUUUGAAAUCCCUGCAUUAUAGCACAGAUGUCCAUUUAAACACAAAGCAGGCCGCGGAAGCCAGUGCCUUCACACAAUACCUCAGAGACAAAUUAUACCCAGCAUACCAGUUUGCCUGGUGGGUGGAUGAGAAAAACUAUAGUGAAGUGACAAGACCUACAUAUGCAAAGGCCCUCAGGAUUCCAUUCAAUUUUUAUUACCCUUCGAGGUACCAGACAACAGCUAAAGAGAUGAUUGAUGCAUUGUACGGUGAACAUACAGAUCUUAGGGAAAUUGAAAAGACGAUUUACAGUGAAGCAGAGAAGUGCCUCAAAACAUUAUCGGACAGGCUCGGAGAAAGCGAGUACUUCUUCGGCAACCGGCCUUCGUCAUUCGACGCGAUAGUGUUUGGCUACCUGGCGCCGCUCGUCAAGGCGCCCUUUCCCAAUGCGACCCUAGCGAACCACGUCAAAGGCAUCGCUAAUUUAAGCAGAUUCGUUGCACGGAUCAAUCAGAAGAACUUUAGGCAUGUCACAGAUGAAUACAACAGACAAAAUGCUAAGAAGCAGUCGACGGGCACGCAGUCAGAGCGCGAUGCGGCCAACUUUCCCAACCAGACAAGGAACAAGAUACUAGCCGCGCUGUUUGCCGCUAUAGCGAUGACCGGGUACGCAGUCGCCACUGGCAUGUUCCAGGAGCUGAAAGAUAUGGAACACUCGCGCGAUUACAACGACAUGUUUGAGAAUGAGGAGGACGACAACUGACGCACGCGGCUACCUCGAGCGGGGACGCGCACGCGCACGCCACCUCACCAAUGACCGCCGACGCUUAACCCUACACCUAUAGUACACAUGUGACCAACAGCCAGAUCAUUCGUCAAUAGUAAAAGUAACAACUUAAGUAAACACCAUAACAGUUACACAAUUUACAUUAGGCAAAAGCAACAUUGCUAGUUUUUUCAAAGAAAGUUUGGCUGUAAGAGAUUAUACUAACAAAUGCUGUAUUUACUCUGUUACAUUUCGUCCAUGAUAAGAAAAAACAGAAUAACUAUUAUGUA